UGUGUGCAUGUCUCACGAGGAGAAGGAGCUAUGUAAGAUCGGGGAGAUCGCCCUUGCUAUCAUCAUCGAGGUCACCGCUACCGUGCUCGGCUCCAAGGAAAAGGCGUGCCAGCUGCCCCUGUUUGAGUACAUCGUAGAGCGGCUGUGCUCCUGCUGUUACGAGCGGGCCUGGUACGCAAAGUAUGGCGGGUGUGUAGCGAUCCGGUUCCUGCUGGAGCGCACGUCCCUGCGGUGGAUCCUGGAGCACGAACUGACCUUCCUCAAGGCUCUCUUCUUCGUCCUCAUGGACCUGACUGGAGAGGUGAGGACAGAGGUGUCUAGUGGGGCCCUUGACCUUGCCAAGGCUGACCUUGAGAAGCUGCUGAAGAUGUGUGCCACGACCAUCCAGGCCACGCCUAGCAACCGGGCGCUGCUGGCGGCGCAGGAGAAAGCCUUCAGGGAGGUCACGCUGGAGCUGGUGCGCGAGGUCACCUCCUCCAACAACAUGGUCCGGCAGCAGGCGAUGCACUCCCUGCGAGUUCUGGCCAAAGUCACCGACAAAACCAUCACUGCCAUCAUGGAGCCCCACAAAAACGUUCUUGAAGACAUGAUUCCUCCCAAGAAGCACCUGUUGAGACAUCAGCCUGCCAACGCACAGAUCGGACUCAUGGAGGGGAACACUUUUUGCACCACGUUGCAGCCCCGACUCUUCACCAUAGACCUGAAUAUCAUGGAGCACAAGGUUUUCUUCACCGAGUUGCUGAAUCUGUGCGAGGCUGAGGACUCAAUGUUGAUCAAACUUCCCUGCUACAAGAACAUGCAGUCACUAACCCCACUGCGCAUCAGCGCUCUCAAUGCCCUAGCCGCGUGCCACUACAUCCCCCAGGUACGAGAGAAAAUCUUCACCGUCCUCUUCAAGUCUCUCAACUCCAGCUCCGACGAGCUGCAGACAGCUGCCAUGAAGUGCAUGAAGGAUUUCCUGAAGCACCAGCAGAUGGACGCAGAGACGAUCCACAACGCGGUGCGCCCCCUACUGAUGGUGCUGGGGGAUUACAGGAGUCUCACGCUCAGCGUCAUCAAGCGCCUCACCAACGUCACCACGCUCUUCCCAAACGUCUUCAACGAGAAACUCUGCGACCAGCUCAUGGCUCACCUAAAGAAGUGGAUGGACGUGGCCAUCAUCGCUCAGAAGGGCGGGCAGCGCACCGACGGAAAUGUGAUAAAGGUGUGUGCGGCGAUCAUCCACAUGUUCCACACCAUCCCGGCCGCCUCCAUCAAGAUGAUCGACCCCCUGGUGACCUUGGUGCUGAAGGCAGAACGGGCGCUGCUGCUAGAGAUCGGUAGUCCAUUCCGAGACCCCCUGCUGAAGUUUCUGCUGCGGUACCCUGCCCAAUCUGUGGACCUCUUCAUCCAGGAGGCACAUCUCAAGGAGCCUCAGACCAACAGGACUUUCACUGCCAUGCUGAAGAGAGAAGAAGCCAAACCUUUCCGGGAAGUUAUCCAGGCCAACCCGCUCAAGCUGGCCAACGUGGCCCUCAGCACUGUCAAGGGUGGUUUGCGGCCGGGCAGCCCCAACUACCUGACCCAGCAGGAGCUGCAGUACCAGGCCAUCCUCAUCUACAGCAUCCUGGUCAAGCACGACCCGGCCUGGCUCAGCAAGCACCCCAUGCUGAUGAGCCACCUGAAGCAGAUCUGGAUCUCAGACGACUUCCAGGAGAAACACAGCAAGGAGCAGCUGAGCAUCUCCUACUGGCGGGAGCCCAAGCUGCUCGUCAAGUGUCUCCUCAGCUGCGUCAAGCAGAACCCAGGAGAGGUGGAGCUGCUGUUCCAGCUGCUGAGGGCGUUCACCCUGCGCUUCAUCUCCAACUUUCACUUUCUCAAGACAUUCCUGGAGGAGGAGCUCUACAAGGUGACCAGCAUUGACCAGAAGCGCACCAUUUUCCUGGAGUUUGUGAAGCUGUUCCACGACCAGAGUUUUCCCCAGGAGCUGAAGGCGAAGGCUCUACAGCACAUCCUGAUCCCCAUGUUCAGCACUGCCUUCCAGAAUGGGCAGGGCGAGAAGCUGAUUGGUGGCCCACCGACCCCCGAGUCUGACGACGAGACCAACCUGAUCAGCGUCUUCAUCAACAAGGUCAUCGACCCAGAGAACCCUUAUGGACACACGGACGCAGUGAGGAUCCUUCUGCUGCAGUUCUCAGCACUACUGGUGGAGCAGGCAUCUCCCCACAUCCAUGAUGCAGCUAACAAGAGACAAGGAAACAAGCUGCGGCGGCUCAUGACGUUCGCCUGGCCCUGUCUGCUGCCUAAGAACUGUGUUGACCCGGCCACCAAGUACCACGGGCACCUCCUUCUCUCACACAUCAUCGCCAAGUUUGCCAUCCACAAGAGAAUCGUGCUGCAGGUGUUCCACAGCUUGCUGAAGGCCCAUGCCCUUGAGGCCAGGAAGGUCGUCCAACAGGCACUAGAGAUUCUCACACCUGCCAUGCCAGCACGCAUGGAGGAUGGAAACGCUAUGCUGACCCACUGGACCAAGAAGAUCAUAGUUGAGGAAGGACACACAGUGGCACAGUUGGUGCACAUGCUACAAUUACUUGUCCGUCACUACAAGGUGUACUACCCAGUCAGGCACCACCUUAUCCAGCACAUGGUCAGCUCCAUGCAGAGGCUCGGCUUCACCCCAAGUGCUUCCAUCGAACACCGGCGACUUGCUGUGGAGCUGUGUGAGGUCAUCGUGAAGUGGGAGAUGCAGAGGGUCAAGGACGAACAGGAGCAGCAGACAGAGGGAGAGAUGACCCCUCUGGAGGGCGUUGCCGUAGCGACCACGUCCCAGGCCACCCUGAAGCGAGGCAUGUCGGUGGAGUCCCCCCAGGACACGAAACGGGUCCGCCACUCAUCGCAGACGGCCACGGUCAGUAUGGCUGACACUGGGCCAUCCCGAGCACCACAGGUGGAACUAGUCACCAAACCCAUAGAGAAGAUCCACGCAGACAACGUCGUCAACUUCCUGGUCAAGAUCGCCUGUCAGGUGAACGAGGCGUCGACGACCCAAGGCUCGCCAGGUGAGAUGCUGUCCAAGCGCUGCGUCUUCCUGGUCAAGACGGCUCUGAAACCCGAUCUCUGGCCGAAUUCCGAGCUCCGACUGGCCUGGAUCGACAAGCUGCUCAUGACUAUUGACCAGAGCGGGCAGGCCAACUUUGCCAACAUCUGCACAGCGCUGGAGCUCCUGACGUACUUGCUGGGGACCCUCUCACCCCAGAACAUCCUGGCAACCUUUAAACCACUGCAGCGGGGCAUCGCAGCCUGUAUGACAUGUGGCAACCAGAAGGUGGUGAGAUUUGUUCAGCAGCUUCUGGCCAAACUCAUGAGCAUCUUCCCUACUGAACCAAGCACCUCCAGCGUAGCCUCCCAGUAUGAGGAACUGGAGUGUUUGUAUGCCGCUGUGGGGAAGGUCAUCUACGAGGGGCUCACCAACUACGAGAAGGCAGCCAACGGUAGUCCCUCCAGCCUGUUUGGUACUCUGUGGAUCCUGAAGUCUGCUUGUGUCAACAAUGCCAGCUACAUAGACAGACUUAUCUCAGUGUUCAUGCGGACGCUGCAGAAGAUGGUGAGAGAACACCUGACACCUGCUGCGGCAGCAGGGGAGGGGACCACAAUGUCGAGUGACCUGAUCAUCCUGAGUCUGGACCUGAUUAAGACCCGGGUGGCGGUGAUGAGCGCGGAGAUGAGGAAGAACUUCAUCCAGGUGAUCCUGACGCAGCUGAUCGAGCGCUCGCCGGACGCCAAGAUCCUCAAGGCCAUCACUCGCAUCAUGGAGGAGUGGAUCAAGAUCAAGGGCCCCAUGGCAGUGAACGCCACCCCCACCCUGAAGGAGAAGGCCCACCUUCUCACCAAGAUGAUGCACUUCACAGAGAAACGUUUCCCCGACGACAACGAGCUCAACGCACAGUUCCUGGAGCUGGUCAACUACAUCUACAGAGAUGAGUCGUUGCGAGGCAGCGAGCUGACCGUUAAGCUGGAGCCAGCCUUCCUAGCUGGGCUGCGGUGUGUGCAGUCGCACAUCAGGGCCAAGUUUGUGGAGGUUUUCGACCAGAGCAUCCGGCGCCGUCUGUAUGACAGGCUACUUUACAUCACCUGCUCACAGAACUGGGAAUCCAUGGGGACACACUUCUGGGUCAAACAGUGCACCGAGUUGAUGCUAGCGGUGUCAGACCGGUCCACCCCUGUGUCCAGUCACUCCCAGCUCUCCAUGCUCCCGUCCAUCACCCAUGUGAUAAACCUGGCGGACAGCCGGGACAAGAUGGCCUUCGCCAUGGCGAUGAGGGUCAAGGAAGAGCCCAUGGAUGUGGAGGGGGAGAAGCAGGAGGAGGACAUGGAGAUUGACAUUGAGCUGACCUCUGACGAGGGGAAGUCCAAGGACUCGUCGGGUCGCGAGGAGGUCAGCAAGGGUGACCUUCGACACCAGCUGAGCGUGCUCACGAACCGCCACGGCAAGUUCCUCGAGUCUCUCAAGGAAGUCAAGACGAUCUCGUUCCUGACAGCAGUGUCACAGCUGUGCCACUACAGCACGCAGCUGUCCCACAGCACAUGGGUCGAGCUGUUCCCCCGGCUCUGGAAGGUGCUCAGUGAGAGACAGCAACAGCACCUGUCCGGAGAGCUAGGCCCCUUCCUAUGCAGUGGCUCCCAUGUGUUCCAGAAGGAAUGCCAGCCCAGCGCGAUCCACACGUUUGUGGAGGGAAUUUCGCGCUGUGUACCCCCCAUCCCCAUCAGACCAUGUGUGCUCAAGUACCUGGGUAAGACCCACAACUUGUGGCACCGCUCGACCCUGAUGCUGGAGCAGAGCGCCUUUGAGAGCGGCUUCAGCACCCAGAGCAAAACCAAACAACCUAACGAGUACUACGAACAGGAGGGCAUCACUCCUCCCAACCAGGAGACGUUAGACAUGCUGUCUGAACUGUACUCGCUGCUGAGAGAGGAGGACAUGUGGGCGGGGCUCUGGCAGAAGAGGUGCAAGUUCCCCGAGACAGCCACUGCCAUAGCGUAUGAACAGCAGGGAUUCUUUGAGCAGGCACAGACCACGUACGAAGGGGCCCAGACCACGUAUGAAGGCGUGAGUAACGAAAUACUGUGA